AUGAGUAAGUUCCAAUCAAUUGCUGGCACCAACAACAGUGCAACAUCGUCAGAAAGCAGCGAGGCGCAGAGUGUGGAAGAGCAGCAAGCGGCUUUAGCAUUGCACAAUCGCAGUGUAGCCUUAAGCAGGGCAAAAAAUAGCUGGAAACGUAUGAAGGAACUGGCUGCUGAGAAGGAGAAGGAAACGGAAGCUAAGAGACCUCCAUGGCGGGCAGUUAGCGUGUCAACUCUGUCUAAGCCAGACAAAAAUGCUUUGCUUCGCGCCAAACUCCUGGACGCUUCUAGGCGUUUACGAGCUGGCAAAGCUAAUGUGGCACUUCAGACAGAUAUUGUGCCUACCAAAUUGAUGAAAGAAAAGAGUCUGGGAGCACAAAGUGAUUUGAUUUUGUAUAAAGAGAUUGGAAUUCUUACGGAUGGUCAAUAUUCAAAGAAGAAGGAUGGCUACCAACAAUAUGUGUUGACCUACAGCAUGUCUCAGAUGACGGACACGAUCGAACAAUCAACACGAUCAACCCAAACGCUGUUGCCGAAAGCUUACAAUGAUAGUGUUGUCAAUUCCUACAUACCUGAAGUCGAUGACGAGGGUAAUGUUCUAUUAUCCGAUGUUGAGAAAAGAGUAGCUGAUCAAAUUGAAAAAAUUCGCAAGUUUUAUGUGAAGGAAGAGGAUACCAAGUCACCAAGUCGUCCUCCAAGUGGUUCGGCUACGUGUCCAACAAUUGACGCAUGGCACUUUGAAGAUGAUGCUAUUGAAAUGGAUUCACAACGACCCUUUAUACCCUACACGAUUGAACCGUAUAAACCAUGGCGCAGUUUUGUGCCCUUUCCCUUUCGCCUAAGGGGUAACUCAUUGAUUGGCACACAAAAAAUCGAUUGGUAUGCUCUGUUACAAUCGAUCGAUGAUUUGAUAAAAGAAUCUAAUAGUUUGGUUGACAAACUAGAACGGAUAAUGCAUGAAAAGAACUCACAUCGAAAAACUGUUCCUAGUAAUUUAAACAAAUUGCCCAACUUUGAGUCAUUUAAAUUUAAUCCUCCAUCUGACCAUUGGCUGCCGAUUAUUGAAGAACAGGAGAAACAAUUGCAAUCAAUGAUGGCUGAAUGUGAACAAAGUGCAAACAUUUAACUUGUAGAAAUUAUCAACACAUUUUUAAAACAUCCAGAAGGAUGAAGUUAAACAAAAUAUUUAUAAAUUAAUCAUUCAAAAAUCUUCACCCAAAUCACACAGUUAUUUCUUUUAGGGUUCAGUCACUUUCACUUUACACUA